AUGUUUCCACAAUCAGGGAAAUCGAUUGUGUUCGACAACUUUCCAGAUCCUACUGACGCCUGGGACAUCAUCGAGACAAUCGGGAAAGGGACUUAUGGAAAAGUCUACAAGGUGCUCAAUAAACUUGAUGGAAGUAAAGCGGCUGUAAAGAUACUGGAUCCCAUCCAUGAUAUUGAUGAGGAAAUCGAAGCAGAGUACAACAUCCUCAAAGCUCUUUCUGACCACACCAAUGUUGUCAAAUUCUUCGGGAUGUACUACAAGAAGGAUGUGAAAUGUGGAGACCAGUUGUGGCUAGUACUGGAGCUGUGCAAUGGCGGCUCUGUGACAGAUCUGGCUAAAGGCAUGCUGAAGAGAGGAGACCGAAUGGAUGAAGCUAUUAUUGCAUACAUCUUGCAUGAGGCCCUUAUGGGCCUCCAGCACCUGCACGUCCACAAAACUAUUCACCGUGACGUCAAAGGCAACAACAUCCUGUUGACGACGCAUGGAGGUGUCAAACUCGUGGAUUUUGGUGUUUCUGCCCAGCUGACAAAUACCCGACUGAGGAGGAACACCUCUGUGGGAACUCCCUUCUGGAUGGCUCCUGAGGUAAUAGCGUGUGAACAGCAGUUGGACUCAACCUACGAUGCUCGCUGUGAUGUGUGGUCACUCGGCAUCACUGCCAUAGAGCUGGGAGAUGGAGACCCUCCCCUCUCUGAACUCCACCCAAUGAGAGCCCUCUUCAAAAUACCCAGAAAUCCUCCGCCUACUCUCCACCAGCCGGAGCUGUGGUCAGACAAAUUUAAUGACUUCAUCGGCAAAUGUCUGAUUAAGGACUUUGAGCUGAGACCAAACGUGCUAGACCUCCUCCAGCAUGUGUACAUCAAACAGACUGUUGGCAAAGUGAAAAUACUGCAGAAGCAACUGAUCGAACUCAUUGACCUCAACCAACAAAUAGGAGUGAUUGAUAAAACAAGCCAUCAUGGAAAGACAAACAGAAGCAGAGAAAGUAAUGACAGUUCUAGGCAUGAACGCAUCCACACUAAAAGAGGAGGCCAUAUGAAGACUCAAACUGACGAUGAGGUGGACGACCUCGCCACCCUAGAAGUUCUGGAUGAGAACACGGUCACAGAGCAGCUCCAGAGUCGCUAUGUACGAGAUCAAAUUUACACAUACGUGGGAGACAUUCUCAUCGCAGUCAAUCCUUUCCAUAAGAUGGAGAUAUACACUCCUCAGUUCACUAAAGUGUACAUUGGGGCUAAGCGCACAGCUAACCCCCCACACAUCUUUGCUGUGGCCGACGUCGCCUACCAGUCCAUGGUGUCAUACAACACAGACCAGUGUGUUGUGAUCAGUGGGGAAAGUGGAGCUGGGAAAACAGAGGGUGCGCAUCUGUUGGUACAGCAGCUAACAGUUCUUGGAAAGGCCAAUAAUCGGACACUUCAGGAGAAGAUCCUGCUGGUCAACAGCCUGGUGGAAGCUUUUGGAAACGCCUGCACCGUCAUCAAUGACAACUCCAGCCGCUUUGGGAAGUACCUGGAGAUGAAGUUCACCUGCGGAGGGACAGUGGUCGGGGCGCAGAUAUCCGAGUACCUGCUGGAGAAAUCCAGAGUCAUCCACCAGGCAGUAGGGGAGAGGAACUUCCACAUCUUCUACUACAUUUAUGCCGGCCUGGCUGACAGGAAGAAACUAGCCCAUUACAGGCUCUCCGACAGCAAAACACCUAAGUAUCUGUGUAACGAGCAUAUAAAAUUAGGGCCUGACAUAGUGAGCAACAUCUUCUACAAGGAGCAGUUUGAUGCAGUGGAGCAGUGUUUCAAAGUCAUUGGAUUCAGCCUGGAGGAGCUGGGCAGUGUUUACAGCACUCUGGCCGCCAUCCUCAACUCAGGCGAUAUCGAGUUUUCUCCGGUUGCGACGGAGCAUCAAACCGACAAGAGCAACAUAUCCAAUAAUUCUGUCCUGGAGAAUGUGGCAUCCCUGCUGUGUAUCCGCUCUGAUGAGCUCCAGGAAGCCCUGACCUCCCACUGUGUUGUGGCCCGGGGAGAGACCAUCGUCAGGCCCAACACGGUGGAAAAGGCGGCGGAGGUGAGAGACGCCAUGGGCAAGGCUCUGUACGGCCGCCUCUUCAGCUGGAUAGUCAACCGCAUCAACGCACUGCUGCGACCCGACUGCCAGCAAGGAGAUGAUGAAAAGGGCUUGAACAUCGGCAUACUGGACAUCUUCGGCUUUGAGAACUUUAAGAAGAACUCUUUCGAGCAGCUCUGCAUCAACAUCGCCAACGAGCAGAUCCAGUUUUACUUCAACCAGCACAUAUUUGCUUGGGAGCAGGAUGAGUACCUGAAUGAGGAGGUGGACGCUCGGAUGAUCGAGUAUGAGGACAACAGGCCCCUCCUGGACCUGUUCCUGCAGAAGCCCAUGGGGAUGCUUUCCCUUCUGGAUGAGGAGAGUCGCUUCCCACAGGCCACUGACCAGACCCUCGUAGAGAAAUUUGAAGAUAACCUGAAGACCAAAAGCUUCUGGAGACCAAAGAGGGUGGACCUUGGCUUUGGUAUUCACCACUACGCUGGAAAGGUGAUUUACAACGCUGCAGGCUUCUUGGCCAAGAACAGAGACAUGUUACCAGCCGACAUCAUCCUGCUGCUGAGGUCGUCAGAAAAUGAGCUCACUCGCAAACUUGUCACCCAUCCGCUCACCAAAACAGGCAACCUUGCCCACACCAAGGGUAAAGGCAUAAACACAAUGCGCAGCCCGCGGACCCCGUCACGCACCAUCACCUUCGCCAAGAUGGGAGUGCUUACUUUAUACAAUUCCUUUUCUUUCAGUGAGGUGUUCCUCAAGUACUACCACGUGGAGCAUCUGAACCUGAUGGUGCAGCAGGCCACUCAGCGGAUCAUCCUGCUCCAGGCUUACGUCCGAGGCUGGCUGGGAGCCAAGCGAUACCGGCGGACAUUAAAGGAGCGAGAACAGAGUGCUCUGGUGCUGCAGUCAGCUUACAGAGGUCAUAAGGUUCGGAAGAAGACGGCCGAUGACAAAAGCAAAGCCAAGUUUGAGGCCUUCAUUGUCCAGUUUCAGGCUGUGUGCAGGGGCUAUCUUGCAAAAAAGAAAUACAAGGAGUUGGUAGAUGAGAAGAACAAAGCUGCAACCAAGAUUCAGGCUCGCUACCGAGGGCACAAGGAAAGGAAAAGCUUCAAAAGAAAACAGGAAGAGAAAGCAGAGAAAGCCCUUCAAGAAAAAGAGGCAGAAGAAGCAGCCAAGACCCCCAACGGAGAAGACUCCACUGCUGCCGUCAACGAAGCGGGUAACGAGGAAGAUGAAACUAAAGCCGCUGUGGUUCUCCAGAGCAACUUCAGGGGCUACAAAGAGAGGAAAAAGUUUAAGGAGAGGAAAAAGACGAUGGCCGGGGCUGAAUUAGAGUCGCCACUUGACGCAGUGGCGGAAGAAAAAGUUGGGCAAGAGUCUACCAGCAAAGAAGAGCAAGAGGGAAAGACAGCUGAGGAGAAUGACGACGAGGAAGAGAGCACGUAUGAAGCAGAGGAGAACGAUGACAGCGAUCACACACAGGUGCCGGAAGAUGAUUCCGAAAUUGCAGAUGUAGCAAUGAUUGAAGUAGCCCUGUCAGCAGAUGCUGGAAAAGAAGGGCAGGAGGAGGACAAGAGGGAGGAGAAGGGAGAAGAAAACGCUGCAGGAGAAGAAGCCGUCAAUGUGGAGGAAGAAACCAAGGCUGCCACUGUCCUCCAGAGUAACUUCAGAGGUCACAAAGAGAGGAAGAGGUUGCAGGACGAAGGCAAGAUCCCAGCUAGGAAACAGAAAGCAACAAGUCCUGCUGGUGAAGAAGAACAGCCCACGGUGAGCACGGGAGAGGAAGAGGUGCACGCUCCAGCAGAGGGAGUAUCAGACAAAGAAGAAUCCAACGAAGCUCAAGGUGCGUCAGGUGACCAAGAUGAGGCCAAAGCAGCAGUGGUGCUCCAGAGCAACUUCCGCGGCCACAAGGAGCGCAAACGACUCGAGGAGGAAGGCAAGAUCCCGAAGAGGAAGAAGAAGGAAGUGGAAGAGCCUCCGAAGGAAGGACAACAGGUAACGCCAGAAGAAUCAGUGCCAGAAUCCCAGCAGGAUGCUUCCCCGGAGAACUCGGGGGGACUGGAUGAGGAGAAAGCUGCUACAGUCCUCCAGAGUAACUUCAGAGGACAUAGGGACCGAAAGAAGCUGAAAGCAGAGAGAGAGAAUCAAACAACGGAAGAGUCAGCGCAUGAUGCAGAGGAGGAAGCUAAAGAGGAGGCAGAGGAAGAAGCCCUGGGUGUUGGGGACGUGACGAUUGAAAGGAAAGACGAGACAGAUGCUGAGAGAGAGAGGCUGGAGGAAGAGCAGGCCGCAGUGAAGAUCCAGAGCAACUUCAGAGGGUACAAAGACCGGAAGAACCUGAGGGCCAACAAGCAGACAGCACAGACAGAAGCUGCCCAACUAGAGAGCUUCUCCAAAGAGAUCGCAAAGACUUCUCAGGACUUCAUGUCGCUGCAGCUUAAGUUAAAUGAGAUCAUCCAGGCCCAUCAAUCAAACCCAGAGAACAAUGGCAUGUUUGUGAGAGGAAAAGCGAUGAAUGGCUAUCCUCCUCAGAAUCAACAAUCAGCCGAGAAGAGACAGUCGAGGACCCCCCGCAGGACCCAGCAGCCAAAAGACCCUCAACACCCCGGAGGACCUCUACCUAUCUACAACCUAAUUCAUCGGUCUGUCCAGGAUGAUAAACGCAAGCCCAAGAAAGAGGAUCCAGAGAAGCUGCUGGAUGUAGAGGACCAGUACUACAGGGAGCUUUCCACCAGCCGCUCUGAACCCAGCAUCUCCUCCAAGGACACAUCCCCCAACAGCAGGCCGGAGAGGAGGAGGCCGUCUGCAAAACAGACAGCAGCUGGCAGCAGACCGACCCGAGCGAGGGCCGUCACCGAACCAGAGCCUGCCAAACCUGUCGGGGACAACAGGCGCUCUUUUCCCAGAAUGUCCUCCACAGAGAGUCGGACCGAGGACAACCCGUACGACUUCAGACAUCUACUGAGGAAGACCUCCCAGAGACGAAAGCUCAUCAAACAGUACUGAACACAUGACUCCAUUUUUGGCAAAUAAUCUGUCAAAAUCUGGCGCAUGAAACACAAUAUGUGGCAAUUAAUACUCAUGAUAAAUGAGUAUUUUAUUCUGUUAAGUUGUGGGAAUGAAAAGCAUUGACGGCAUUGAUGAGGGUCACCUGCACAUAACAUAGACAGGAUGAAGGUUCAUGUAAAGCUUUACCCAUGACACUGUAAAUGAAGGUUUUAUUGACGUAAUUUGUAAACUAGACAUUGUUGCUUUCACAUUUGUUUUAAUGUCUUCUCUGGUUGGUCCAAUAAUUUAAGGUGGUCCAUAUCAAUUUAAAAACCAAAUACAACUUUAUAAAUAAAGAGAUCAUGUAAAUACAAAUGCCAUGCUCUUCAAUUUGAACAAAUGUCAUUUGUUUUUAAGAAUGUAUCUUUUCAAAAAGCUGCUGAGUGUU